CUCCUGCCUGCCUGCUGCCCCACCUUCUCCGAGCCUUCCCCGAGCCUUCUCCGAGCCUUGUCCUGGUCUUGUCCUGGUCUUGUCCUGGUCUUGUCCUGGUCUUGUCCUGGUCUUGUCCUUGUCUGAGCUCAUGGUGUUUCUUUCCUCCUGGGACGCGUGGGCUAAGCUCAUCACCUUUGUGUGCAACGUGAGUCAGAUCUUGCUGCAGUCCUGGAAGCAGCUCAAGGUCGCCGAGCUCGAGGGCGACUUCUUGAACCCGACUGACUUUGCGCGAGACAUGAACAGAAUCUAUCCGAUGGAGCUCAUGGUGCUGGGGGCAAGCAUGCUGUGGCUGAUGUUGGACUGGCAGUGGGUGCUGCUGCUGCUCAACGUUCCCUACCUCGCAUACCAGCUGUCAAACUACACGGCCGGCAAGUGGCGAGUGGAUGCUUCUCGAGUGUUCCAUGCGGAUUUUAAGUCAAGCAUCAAGAAAUCAAUCUUGCUUGGCAUCUUCUACCAUGCCGCCUGGUUCGUAGUCUACCUGACGAUGCUCAUCUUGUCGAUUAUCAACGCCAGCAAGAUGAAGGCAAAGUGAGGUUUGAGGUCAGCGGUGACUUUUUAGAGUUCUCCUUCCCUUCUCAUCUAAUUUUAAUUCGAAUCAAACAAGCACCUGACUGCAUGC